AUGGCGAAAAAUCAGGCUCAACACUCUAGUAAUAAACCUAAUGGUCAACUCCCUAGUUCAGCUACUGCUGCAGAAGAUCAGCCAGUAAAGGCAAAUAUGCAAUUUAAUGUAACUGAUGUUAGCAAUGCAGUCAAAAAUCUUAAUGUUUCAUAUGCAAAUAAUCAAAUUGUUAGGCUCACUUCGAAGCCUUCACAGGUAAGGAAGAUUCCAGCUCAACAGGAUCACGUUUUGAUUAUCAAGGCUAAAGAUACAAGUAGAUCGCCAAACAGUAUUAAGACGCAAUUAGUUCAGAAUAUUAAACCGCAAAGGCUCGGAGUAAAUAUUUUACAAGUUCGUCCAACAAGAGCCAAAGAGUUACUUGUUCGUUGUAAAGGGGAAGAGCAAUUGGUGACAUUGAAAAAAGCCAUUUUGGAAAACUCGGAUUUGAAGAAAGAACAUUUGGACCUGAGAAUUCCAAGACUACCAAGAGUGUCUUUCAUAGUUUUUGGGGUUCCUCAGGAUACUACUUCUGAGGAACUACAAAUUGCUUUUCAAGAACUCUUAUCAUCAGGUGAGAAGAAUUUUGUUUUUCCAAGGGAACCCAGAUCCAGAACAGACGGUACGUGCAACUGGCUUGUUGAGGUGUCUAGAGAACAGGCACAAUUGUUGAAGGACCUGAAGAGAGUCUAUAUUGGUUUCGCAUCGUGCUUCUUUCGAGAAUUUCAUAAAGUGACGCGUUGUUAUCACUGUCAAGCCUUUGGUCAUUUAAGUCUAAUUUGCAAAAAUCCACCGGCCUGUGCAAAGUGCGGGAAGGGCCACCUUACUCAGGAGUGCUCCGAAAGCAUUGCAAAUUGCGUCAAUUGUACUCACUCCAACGCCUCUGCAGGAACGAAGUACGAGACAUCACAUCAGGCUAGCUCAUCACAAUGUCCGCUAUACAGGCAGGAGAUUCUUCGCCUCAGCAACACUCAGAAGUGA